AGCUGAACAGCAAAACCCGACAGAUGAGGCCAAGUGAUUUUAAACGAAAGAUAGGAUCUACGUACUAUAGCUCAGUUCAGGGUAAUUGUGUCGAUGUUUCUCAUGAGCGAGAACGAAAAAUGGCAGGUCAGUGUCAUCCCAGAUACAAAGGAAGCUGGUGUCAAACACCUAAGAAAGGUUCAAGUUCCCAACAUCCUGCUCGCUCAUGCAAGAUGAUCCAGGACACAGGUGACUCAGUGGGAGAUGGAGAGUACUGGAUCGACCCUGAAAACAAUGGAAACCCUUUAAAGGUCUAUUGCGACAUGUCAACUGACGGAGGAGGCUGGCUUCUUGUUUCCAACCUUGUGAUGGCCAGUUCAAGACGCAGUUCCGUUCCGCUGUUGUUUGAGACGUCGUACCAUGCUAUCAGCAAAUAUCAGAAGAACAACAUUUUGCUGACAAAAACGGCCAUGAAUGAACUCAGAACACACUUGAAUUUUACUCAGCUGAGAUUCCACUGCAGCAAACGAUUGAAGCGUACGUUCCACGUAACCACAGCUGCCAAUAGCUUUGGAGAAGCUGUGGUCCAGUACUUCAGCGGUCAGAUAGAUGUGCUGCCAUAUUCGUGUGAAUCUUUUGUCAGAAUGGAAGACGACAACUCAGAAUUAGCCAAUGUCUGCCAAAAGUGGGGGUUCGAGGGCAAUAAAAAGCAUAAUGUUGGUAAAUGGAGCUCUUCUAAACGCAAUGAGAACAGAUUGUACGAUCAUGUUGUGAUCGUCUAUGCGACUUAUCACUGGAAUAUUCAGCCAUCACAACAACGAUUUGAAUGCGACGACUACAAACAUGCAGUGUCUGCCGGCGAUUUCUGGAAAAUUUAUGUACGUUAGAUAUUUUGGGUGCAUUCCCUGUAUUCACAAGUCUUGACUCACACUAGUUAGUGUGAUC